CGUCGAACUAAAAUCUUAGGGCAAAGGUGAAAUCGCCGAGGGACGUUAGCCACCGCACUGCCUCCUUCUCCGAUUGUCUCUCUACUUCUCAGUCCAUUCCACAGCUAUGUCACAGGUAGACAACAGAAAUUCAUCAGCAGCCAAGCGUGCUAGAACUGACGGGGGGCGCAGAGAAGAUGAUUGGAUCUGCCCAAGUUGUGGCAAUGUCAACUUUUCAUUCAGGACAACUUGUAAUAUGCGUAAUUGCACUCAGCCUAGACCUGCAGAUCAUAAUGGAAAGUCUGCUCCCAAACCUAUGCAACCUCAACAAGGUUUCUCAUCACCCGGACCAUAUUUAGGAUCUGGGGGUCCCCCUCCAGUAUAUAUGGGCGGGUCACCAUAUGGAUCUUCUCUCUUUAAUGGGUCGUCUAUGCCUCCUUAUGAUGUCCCAUUUUCUGGGGGUUCCCCUUAUCAUUUUAACUACAAUAAUCGAAUUCCUACCGGAGCUCAUUACAGACCACUACAUAUGUCUGGACCACCACCAUACCAUGGCGGAUCUAUGAUGGGAAGUGGUGGCAUGUAUGGAAUGCCUCCACCAAUAGACAGGUAUGGCCUUGGUAUGGGAAUGGGUCCUGGUGCUGCCGCUGCCAUGAUGCCAAGACCAAGGUUUUACCCAGAUGAAAAGUCACAAAAAAGAGAUUCAACUCGCGAUAAUGAUUGGACAUGUCCGAAUUGUGGUAAUGUAAACUUCUCAUUCAGAAUUGUAUGUAACAUGAGGAAGUGCAACACUCCAAAGCCUGGUUCCCAGCAGGGUGGAAGCUCAGAUAAAAUAUCCAAACAAAAUGCACCGGAAGGGAGCUGGAAGUGUGAUAAUUGUGGAAAUAUAAACUAUCCAUUCAGGAGCAAAUGCAACAGGCAAAACUGUGGAGCUGAUAAACCAGGGGAUCAGUCGAAUGGAUCUCCUUCCCGUGCACCAGAAGAGAACGAUCAGUGAGUCGUAGACAUGUUUGGGGGUUGAGAAGGGUGAGUCUGAUCCAGCGGGUGUCGUAAUGUCAGUCAAUGUCUCGUCAGGUCGUCCAUGUUGAAGCGGUCUCGUCAAGUUGCUUUCAUGCAUUUGUCUCUUUACCACUCUUGGGUGGCAAUGUUGUAUUAAUAAUGCAUAAAUUGUUUU